UCAGGUUCACAAAGGACGAAAUAUCGUGCCGUCUGGUGUGUAUUGUUGGUUAUAAAUAAGUACGAGUUUUAGUCAUGAACCGGUAAAUUUAGUUUUAUGGUGCACAAAAAUAAUAGUUUGGCCGUGUAGUUUCUAAAGUGUAGCUGACGAGAUUUCUAUUCACAAGAAGUUAAACAAAAUUUAACGGAAAUUGUGCGAGAAUAUGGAAAAAUCGCCUCGAUGUAAUUUGGAAUUUGUGCGCGACGACGACUACGUUGAAUAUUUUAUUUUCCAAAUUUUGUCAGAUAAGUUAACAAAUAUACAAGAAAGCAGUGUAGAGCUGGAGCAGCUCCGAGGGGAAUUGUCUCUACUUGAAAAACAAUGCAUGGAAAUCGUGAACAGACGGGUUGAAAGCUAUGGCUAUAUUUGGCACAAAGAUGAAUUUAAAUUACAAAUGCGCACCGAGUGUGCGCAGGAACGACUGUUGAAUAACGAGGUUAACAAUAGCUCGCUUGGUUCUGUCGCAGCAUUACCUCUACCCCCCCAUCUGCAUGGCAUUUCACACUAUGGAGAAAAUAUCGAAGAUGAGUGGUUCAUAGUCCACCUUUUAUAUGAGUUAACACGUGAGGUGCCAGGCUGCAUUGCUCGUGUCAUUGACGCUGAUGGAGAGUUUCUCCUAGUUGAAGCUGCCGAGGCACUUCCAACGUGGGCCAAUCCAGAAAGCUGCGAACAGAGAGUUUACAUAGCUGACGGCCACAUGCAUUUGGUUCAAAACUCACCAUCUACUUCCUCAAAAUUAUUAUCGGUUGGUGCAGCAGUUGAGAAAAUAAGACAGAACCCCACUCUCUAUCGUGUAUCUAAGGAAAUUCAAAAUUGCAUUAACGAACGUACGAAAGUUUUUAAUGGAAGUAGUAAUCCAGCAGCACAUCGCCAGAUAAUGCGUUUACCUUUGGGUGUCGCAGCGCUACUUAAAACUCGUCCAUCGUUGAUUGCACCAGCUGUACGAGCUUUCUGUGAACGUGAUGCUAUUGACUUAAAGGUUUGCCGUUCAAUGCGGUAUUUCCCACCUGAGCAGUGUGUUCGAACCAAUGUUCUAUUCACUCGUUGUCUCUACGCUAUGCUUAUGCACACAAAUUACAAGCCUGACAAGAAAGUUGGCUGGGUGCUAAGCAAUACUACUAAUACUAAAGAAUAUAAAGAGCAGAUAUUAGGCAUACAAGUUGCGUGCGGUUUUGAAAUUUUAGCCUCUCAGGCUAAAUGUGCGAAUCAAGAUGAAAAUGAUCCGAAUUGGCGUUCUUAUGUUAAAAAUUUAACGUCAAAAGGAUAUUUUCGAAACAACUUAGCGGGCUCAGAAGUGUAUAAACGUCUGUGGAACGAAGCACGUACAUAUUUUACUAAAAAUAAUGACCGCUUUCGCAUAACGCCAUUAGUUGGAUUAGAAAUUUUAAAUUUGCUACAGAAUGUAGAUAUUUCGGCAGAAAAUUUGUGCGAUGAAGAAAACAAUCUGGAGCCGAGUGAUGCCGACGAUUGGUUAAAUAUUAGUGCAGAUCAGUUGGAUGCAAUGUUGAUAGAACGAUAUGGUCCCAAAAAAAUGCUUAACUCGAAUGGUGACAUAAAUGCCGCUGAAUUUACAAAAAAUCUCGCUGAUUUUCUUGAUAAAGAAUCUACAUACGAAGGUAUAGACGAUGAUGAAAUUGAGGAUUCAGAUAGUGAUUGUAUCGAGGCGGAAACCAGUGCAACGCCUAAAAAGAAUGACGACCCAAAAGUUAACCUUAAAAAAAAUCAUUCCAUGCGUAAGGCUUGUAAUCGGAACUCAGUUAUUAAUGAAACAGCAAACGCAAAUCGAAACAAUCAAGCCACUAACGUGGAAACUGAAGAUAGCACACAUGUACGAAAUUUUUUGGAUUUCGUUAUUCCAGAAGACAAAUGGGACUCUACUUCUGAAAUGAGUGACUAUGAAGAUGAUGAUAAAUUGGAGCACAAUUUUGAAUCAAUGGCAAAUUCCGACAAAAAUAUUGAUAGUCAUAUCAAAAAUUACAUGGACCAAAUGGAUAAAGAACUUGCUAAGACCACUAUUGGUCAAACAUUUGAGAAAAAUAGCUCUUUUACGGCUUCCAAAAACGCAGAUGAUUUCGAUGACAUCGAGUCAUUUCAACCGAUUAACAUCAAUGUAAACACUUUAAAGAACAUAGUGGAUAGCUACAAAUCACAGUUGGGAGGAUCGGGCCCAGUUUCGAAUUUGCUGAGUGCAAUGGGUGUGGGUAUGUCAAAUGCAGCACAACUCGACAGCGACGAUGAUGAAGCUGAUGUUUUAAAAGAAUCCAGGGUAUAGGCUUAAGACUCGUAAAUAUGUACAUACAUAUGUAUGGAAAUGUACAUAUAAAGCGCUGGGAUCUGAAAUUUUUUUGCAUCACUGUAUUAUUUAUAUGUGUCCAACUACGUCUUGAUACGCCUUGGUCACUGGCACAUAUUUUAUGUCGUGCAUUCAAUUCAUAUAGUUCUAGGAUGUGCCCAUUACAUCCAAAAGUAUCUUGUUAUGCGAAGGCUUGUAUUAAAGUAAAUUUACGAACAAUAUUUUUUUUAUUUUUCC